AUGCUUUCCCUAUCCCUUCUUCUGUCUCUACUCCUCGUUGCUCUUCCUUUGGACGCCAGGGAGAUCAAGGUGUACAACAAGUGUCCGUUCACCGUUUGGCCCGGAGUUCUCGGUCCUGGCAAUCCGAACGGCGGCGGAUUCCGGCUGAACUCGGGAGAAACGAAGAGUGUGUACGUGGACGAUGGAUGGACCGCCGGAAGGAUUUGGCCGAGGACCGAGUGCGAUGGGAACAUGAACUGUGCCACCGGCAGUUGUGGAGUGAGUUUACCGCUUUGAAAUGAAUAAUAUUCGACGAUCCAUCUGUUUUUCAGAACAGAGAACAAUGCAAUGGAGCCGGAGGAGUUCCUCCCGCCAGUUUGGCCGAGUUCACUCUCCGCGGAGCCGGCGGCCUGGACUUUUACGAUGUUUCCCUGGUGGACGGCUACAAUAUCCCCGUGCUGAUCGAUGUGAUCGGCGGAGAAGGGGGCUGCAAACGAGCCGGAGGAUGCUUCAAGGACGUCAACGCCAUCUGCCCAAACCACUUGGCAAUCAAGAAGGACGGCCGUACAGUCGCAUGUAAAUCCGGCUGCCUGGCCUACAAUACCGAUCAAGAGUGCUGUCGUGGCGAGUUUGGAACUCCGGACAAGUGCAGACAGAGCCAGACUGCGAUGCUGUUCAAGAACGCGUGUCCGGGCGCCUAUUCGUACGCUUAUGACGAUGCGAGCUCGACGUUCACUUGCAAAGGAGCUAAUUACGUUGUUCAGUUCUGUUAAAAACCAUAUUCUUUACUCGCAAAUACAUUUUGGUUUUGCUCUUCGUCAUGACUCAAAAAAGUUGUAACACUGGAUUGUUUUCGGGGGCUCAGUCACACGUUGUUACACUAAACGAAGGAGUUGCGCAACAGUGGAAGAGAAGAGUCGUCUCGAACGUCAACAAUUAAAGAGCACAGAGAAAUGAAGAGAAGCAGGAGAACACAUGGCGCCCGGCGCUCCGUAUAAAUAGACGCCUUUAGUUGUUGACCGAACAUUUCUAGAAUCUUGUUCAUCACCACUCCAAACCAUCCAUUCUGUUUUAGAUAUUCUCACCGCUCAAAACAAUGCUUUCCCUAUCCUUUCUUCUGUCUCUGCUCCUCCUUACUCUUCCAUUGGAAGCCAGGGAGAUCAAGGUGUACAAUAAGUGCCCAUUCACCACUUGGGCCGGAAUUCUGGGUCCUGGUAAUCCGAACGGCGGGGGAUUCCGGCUGAAUUCAGGGGAAACUAGAAGUGUGUACGUGGACGAUGGAUGGACCGCCGGAAGGAUUUGGCCGAGGACCCAGUGCGAUGGGAACAUGAACUGUGCCACCGGCAGUUGUGGAGUGAGUUUACUUAUUCAAUAUGUACAUAUGCUUAAUCUGAAACUCAUUGAAAUGGUAUAAAUGGAACCUAGUCUUUCAGAACAGAGAACAAUGCAAUGGAGCCGGAGGAGUUCCUCCCGCCAGUUUGGCCGAGUUCACUCUCCGCGGAGCCGGCGGCCUGGACUUCUACGAUGUUUCCCUGGUGGACGGCUAUAAUAUCCCCGUGCUGAUCGAUGUGAUCGGCGGAGAAGGGGGCUGCAAACGAGCCGGAGGAUGCUUCAAGGACGUCAACGCCAUCUGCCCAAACCACUUGGCAAUCAAGAAGGACGGCCGUACCGUCGCGUGUAAAUCCGGCUGCGUGGCCUACAAUACCGAUCAAGAGUGCUGUCGUGGCGAGUUUGGAACUCCGGACAGGUGCAGACAGAGCCAGACUGCGAUGAUGUUCAAGAACGCGUGUCCGGGCGCCUAUUCGUACGCUUAUGACGAUGCGAGCUCGACGUUCACUUGCAAAGGAGCCAAUUACGUUGUUCAGUUCUGCUAA